UUGAUUUCAUAGGUACACAGCUGAGCUGGCAGUGUUCCAUUACACGUAAUCAAACACAAACCCCCAGUUCUAGAGGGAAUGUACUGCCACUAUUUAUGGGAACGGACAGCUUUGCACUUGUGUCUAAAAUUCAUAAGAUCCAAAAACAACACAUUAUAUUGCUGCAUUAGUGCCGCAAAGCGGGAGUACCAAGAUGGCCGCCGUUACCUGUGACAUGCGGAGAGUACCAACAUGACUGCCCCUGUCCUACAGCGCAAUCCGAGAGGUGAGGGCGUCCUGUUCCGGAGCAUGGUGAAGGUCACCGAGCCGCUGACUGGCUUGGGUGCUGCUGCUGCUAUACAAGAUGGAGGCUGCCGCAGAUCCUGAACUACAGAGAUUCAUUGAAGUACAGACUCAAAAACAGCGAUUCCAAAGCCUGGUCCACCAGCUUACCGAGCUAUGCUGGGAUAAAUGUAUGGAGAAGCCAGGGCCAAAGUUGGAUUCUCGAUGUGAAGGCUGCUUUGUGAACUGUGUGGAGAGAUUCAUAGACACAAGCCAAUUCAUCUUAAACCGACUGGAGGAAACUCAGAAAUCCAGGGCAUCCUUUUCAGAGAGCCUCACUGACUGAAGAGUGAAUAGUCUGUUCAACUGAGGGCAUUUAAAAUAAUUUCUGUCUUGCAGUGGUGAUUUUACUUGGUAGUCUACACCUUACCCAGAAAACUGCCUUCUCUGAGUGCCUGAGUCUGUAGACUGCAUUAUCACCUGGGCAAGACCUCUACAAACCUUUCCAACUGGUCUUAAGGAUUCUUGUCAGAGGAUGUCAGGAAGCUCGCACAUAACACACUGAUGUUGGGUGGAACAGGACUUUUUUUUUUUUUUUAAUUCGUUACUGAUGAUUGCAAUAAAUUGAAAUGUGCAUGUAUAGUACACAUUGUUUUAUCAAA